AUGGCUGCUCGGACGCUGCAGGAGCUCGUAGCCGCCGCUGCCUCUGUGCACUCUGACCGAGCAGCUGUGAGAUAUGACGGCGGGUCCGUGUCAGGGAGCCCGGUGGCCCUGCUGCUGUACAGAGAGCUGGGUGAGCUGGCCGGUGAACUGGCUCAUAUUCUACGGAAGAACUGCUCUCCGAACAACGGAGUGAUCGGGCUGUAUUGUUGUGAUGAUUUGUUCAUACCUGUCUGGAUUCUGGGGAUCCUGCAGUCACCUGCUGCCUAUGUCCCACUGGACCCAGACUCUCCAGGACUCAUCACUGCCAGAGUCAUGAACCAGUGUGGCCUCAAGUACUGUGCUGUGAAGACCGACGUCCUGCAGCGAUUCCAGGCAGCUCUCGUCAACCACAUAUCUGUGGAGGUGUGUGUGGUGUUGCCUAAGUUCAAACUGACCGUGAUCCACAUCGAGCCGCUGCCAGUUUCUGAGCACCGACGAGGACCGGAACGACCCGGAGCUCUGACAGCAGAUGGAGCUGGUCUCUGUGAUCCAGCUGCAGGGUUAAAGGAGGCUGGUCACGGAGACGUGGCGUAUGUGCUGCACACAUCUGGAACGACUGGCCUUCCCAAGAUUGUGCGGGUGCCACACAAGUGUAUACUGCCCAAUAUACUGCAUCUGAGAUCUUUGUUUCAGAUGAGUGCAGGUGAUGUGGUCUUCCUGGCCUCGCCCUUAACCUUUGACCCCUCUGUGGUGGAUAUUUUCCUGGCCUUAUCGUCCGGUGCUCAGCUCCUCAUCAUCCCGACUGUGAUCAAGAAAAUGCCCGGUCGACUGGCUCGACUGCUGUUCAAGCAUCACAAGACGACUGUCCUACAGGUCACGCCAACACUGCUCGGCCGCUUCGGGCAGCGUAUCCUGAAAGAGGAAGUGUUGUCGCCCGGCUCCUCGUUGCGGCUGUUGGCUCUGGGUGGCGAGGCCUGCCCCUCGCCCGCUCUGCUGAGGAGCUGGAGGCACGAGGACAACCAAACCCACAUCUACAAUAUCUACGGCAUUACUGAGGUGUCCUGCUGGGCCUGCUCUUACAAAAUACCCGAGUCUCUACUGCAGUCGAGCAACCCCACGCUGUCCUUGGUGCCUCUUGGGAGUCCUCUGAUGGACACAAUGGUGGAAGUGAGAGAUGACCAUGGCCGCGUUGUUACUGAGGGUGAAGGACAGGUGUUCUUAGGUGGAAAGGACAGAGUGUGUCUCCUGGACGACGAGGAGACGGCCGUCCCCGGGACGAUGAGAGCCACUGGAGACUGGGUGAAUGUUAAAGACGCACAGCUGUACUACCUGGGACGAAGAGACAGGCUGAUAAAACGCCACGGAAAGCGGGUCAACUUGGACAGCUUGCAGCAACUCAUAUUGAGUCUGCCUCAGGUGGAGGCCUGUGCCGUGGGUCUGCACGAAGCCUUUCGACUGCUCGCCUUUGUCGUGGCGUCCAUAUCUGGAGAGCAGAAAGCCGCUUCUCCUCUCACAUCUGCGCCGAAACAUGCGGAUCAAACACCUUCUGCCUCAGCCGAGCGUCGGGAGGCCCUCCCCUCUCCUGUAGAGACCCGGCAAGGGGAGACGGGCGACGUAGACGGAGAUCUGAGCAGACUCAUCCGGCACCAGCUGUCUCUGCUGUUGCCGUCGUACAGCGUCCCUGACACGCUGGUGCUGGUCCCGGCCCUGUGCGUGACUCCUCACGGUAAAGUAGACAUGGGAGCACUUUUGAAAAUAUACCAAACACAGAGACGGCGUUCAGAGUCUUCAGGGGGGGAUGUCACCAAACUGAAGCAAACUCUGCAGUCCCUGUGGCAGGAAACUCUAGGUCUUCCUGAAGAUGCGACCAUUGAUGAGGACUCCAACUUCCUGUUGAGUGGAGGAGAUUCCCUGAAGGCACUCCACCUGUGCGAAGACAUCCUCGCUGCUGUGGGAGGGACUUCACCGGAGCUUUUGGAGGUUCUGCUCGACGGGACCUUCUCUGACGUACUGCGCCACGUCGCGAGAGUAACACUGACGCCGCCGCUUGAGAACAGCCAGUCAUCGUCCGAGGCCAAGAAACGAGACGCCGACGCUCCCCCUGUGGCGCCGGCCAAGAGAGAACGCACAGAGUCGACGGCAGCAGAGAGGGCACAGGGAGAGACGUGGGCUGUUAAAGUUGUCAGACGAGCGGGUGAGGUGAUGGAAUUGCAAACCAGAAAUCCAGAGGCAAGUAAAAACAUCCAGGCUGAUGCACUGGGAGAAAAGAAUUCCAGUAAGAACCGCAGAGGUGAUGUUCUGGGCCUGAGCCUGAGCCUGAGCUGGUCCUCCGACACAGGCAGAUGUGUGGACGCCUCCCCGGUGCUUCUAGUACAACACCGGACCGAUCUGAGCUCAGACGAGGGUAAAAGGACAGUGUUCAUCGGAUCCCACUCACACAGGAUCCAGGCUUUAGACCUGACCGACGGGACGCUUCUGUGGGAGCGAGUUCUCGGGGACAGAAUCGAAGCCUCGGCUGCAGUGUCUCACUGCGGAAACCUCGUGGUUAUAGGUUGCUACAAUGGCUGUGUGUAUUUCCUGUGCGCUGCGUCUGGAAAGACGCGGUGGACGUUUGAGACGGGAGACGCCGUGAAGAGCUGUCCCGCCGUGGAUCCCCUCACAGGUCUGGUGAUAGUGGGCUCACAUGAUGGGCAUGUCUACGCCCUAGACCCAAAGGUCCAGCAGUGUGUUUGGAAGCGUCACUGUGGGGGUGGAGCUGUGUUUUCCUCCCCCUACCUCCACGCCGCACUCAGGCAGCUGUACGCCGCGUCACUGGGAGGUCACCUCCUCUGUCUCAACCCUGACAGUGGAGAGGUCCUAUGGUCGUACUGUAGAGACAUCCCGUUCUUCUCAUCACCAAACGCCUCCUCUGGUCACGUGAUGAUCGGCUCGGUGGAUGGAAACAUCUGCUGCUUUAGCAACACAGGGACACUGGUUUGGCAGUUUUUAACAAAAGGACCCGUGUUCUCCUCUCCGUGUGUCACGGCAGACCAGCAGAGGGUUCUGUGUGGAUCACACGACGGCUGCCUGUACUGUUUGAACUGUGCCGACGGCUCUUUAGUUUGGACUUUCCAGACCACAGGGAAGGUGUACUCCAGUCCGUGUGUGUUUGAUGGCUCUGUCAUGGGCAAAAGGGGGGUUCUGGUGGCUCUGGCCUCCACAGACGGCACAGUGUGGAUCCUGGAUGGACAAGAAGGACAAAUGCUGGCCUCAGUAACUCUGCCUGGGGAGCUGUUCUCAUCCCCAGUGGUGCAUGAACACUCUCUCGUAGUCGGGUGCCGCAAUGACUAUGUGUAUUGUUUAAAGCUGACUGUCAAAGAAGGAUAAGAUGUAUUUCUGCACAUUUUUUUAUAAUAAACACUGAUGGCUUUUAUAUCUGUGUCAGAGCAGAGAGGGUGCUUUGGGAAUUACAUUUUUAAUUAAAGUUCAGGGAAAUAAUGAGUCUUUCGGUUCAGACAUCAGUAUUUAAUUUACAUUAUUCAUAACAUUUUGUGUCUCUUUAAGAAUAUUCUCAUGAAUAUCUCUAAGUGCGACAAAAAAAGUGCAAAUAAUACCAAACAUUUUUCUUGUUACAUAUAACACUGCGUACACUACACUAUUGUGCACGACCAACGUUAGAAACAAAAUGACUCUUUCGUUAGAAACAAAAUGACUCUUUCUGACCGCAGCUCUGGUGACGUCUCUGACUUCCAUACAUACAGAUCAUUAAAAGUGAGUGGCAGGAAAUGAGAAAUGCUGGAGGUUCUUUUUUUUUUUUCUUUCACAGAGGAAAUGCUUACAUUAUUGUGUAAGAUCAUAUCACAUUUACGAGGAAGUGAUGGCCUACAAACACGAGUGUGUUACGGGAGGACGGCUACGAGAAUUGUAUGUUACAGCAAGCAGGUGUUGCGUCUGUCUCCUUUAGCAAAGC